AGUUUAUAAAAAAAAUGCAUAAUAACUCAUAAUUCAAGCGAAGAUGGUCUCUAUAUUCUCAAGGAUUAAAGACAUAUUAAAAUACAGCGCCAUGUAUGCCUGCCUUACGCACUGCACUUUCGAAUAUGUCGGCGAUUUUGUGGUGUGCAAUGGCCCAUCGAUGGAGCCCACACUAUACACUAAAAACAUCCUGCUGACGGAGCGUAUAUCAACGCGUUUCCAUAAUCCGGCUCGGGGGGAUAUCAUUAUUGCCGUUUCUCCCACCGAUCCAAAACAGUUCAUUUGUAAACGCAUUGUGGGCAUACCUGGUGAUCGGAUCGUUUUAAAAAAUAAUAAAAUAGCGACAGGUGUCGGUGCUGUUGAAACAAGUAAAAAACAAAAGGUAAUGGACUUUUCAGAAGAGUACGUGCCGCGUGGCUACAUCUGGAUAGAGGGUGACAACAGUGAAAACAGUUCGGACUCACGCUACUAUGGCCCAAUACCACUGGGGCUUGUUAAAAGUCGAGUAAUUUGCCGACUUUGGCCCAUAAGCGAAAUUCGUAUGCUAUAAGCCAAACAUUUAACAAAUAGAGAAAAUAGUCUAAUAAAUAAUAAAUUUACAAUUUUGAACAUCCACAGGUUUACAAAUAAAGUGAUUAAAAAUUUACAAUCAGAAAA